AUGGGUGACAUAGAUUUUGACGUGCUCGUUAAGGUCCAUGUCACCACAAUAGCAUUCCAGCGUGAAGGCUUUCCAUUGGCUAGGGAGAGGGGUUUUGGUGAUGUCGUCGAUGAAGGGAUGACGGCGUUUGUGUGGGUAUGUUGGUAUGGGAUGUCUAAUAGCAGUUGGGAAGGUGGUGGUUUGGCAAGAAAUGAAUACCAGAGUCUCAUAUUAUAUUAUAUUAUACAUAGCAAUAGCUUGCUUCAGUUGAGAGAAAUGGAAGUGAAAGCAGAGAUUGUAUCUAAGAGCACAAUAAAGCCAUCUUCAACAACACCCAAUAAGCUUCGACACUUCAAACUCUCUCUCAUCGAUCAAUUGGCUCCUCCGUUCUACGUCCCUAUUCUCCUCUUUUACUCUGCUUCCGACGCCACAAACACCAAAACAAUAUCUCAAAAAUUGAAGGCUUCACUAUCAGAAGUCCUCACUCUCUAUUACCCCUUUUGCGGAACCCUCAGAGGCAACUCAACCGUCGAGUGCAACGAUGAGGGCGUUGUUUUCACCGAGUGUAGAGUCCCCAUGGAACUCUCAAGCCUUCUCAAAGACCCUGACCUUCAUCAGAUCAACCACCUUUUCCCAUGCGAUCCCUUCAACCCUGCAAGAGAAACUCUGACUGGGAACAUGGCAGUUCAGUUGAACCAGUUCACGUGUGGAGGUCUUGCGCUUGGCGUCUGCUUCUCACACAAGAUCACUGAUGCUUCCACUGCAUCAUCCUUCCUCACUUCUUGGGCUGCAACAUCAAGAGGAGAAGGCAACAAACUGAUACUACCUCAACUGGAAGAAGCGGCGCUGGUUUUUCCGCCGAGGAAGAUAGAAAUGAGCUUGAUUCGCGGCAUGAUGGGCCACAAAAACAUUGUGACAAAGAGGUUCGUGUUUAACAGAACCAACAUAUCUAGACUGAAGCAAAAGUUGGGGAGCUUCGACUUCACUCCCACCAGUGUUGAAGCCGUGACAGCACUCAUAUGGAAAUCAUCACUGGAAGCUGCGAAAGCAAAUUCAGAGGAAGGAAAAAUUCCGGCGUCUAUGAUAUCCCACGCGGUGAACAUUCGCAGCCGAAUGGCCCAAACCUUUUCGGAGCAUUCCAUGGGAAAUCUGUGGCAACAGGCGGUGUCUCCGGUGGUGGAGGUGGAAGGAGAAGUGGGGCUGCGCGAUUUGGGUGAGAGAGUGAGGGAAACGAUAAGAAAAGUUGAUGGAAAAUAUUUGAGUAUGGUUCAGGGUGAUGAGUUUUAUAAGGUGAUGGAGUGUUUGAAGGAAGCAAGAACAAUGGUCGCAGAAAAGGGUGUUCCUUGUUAUAGCUUUAGCAGUUGGGUGAGGUUUGGGUUCUAUGAAACGGAUUUCGGAUGGGGAAAACCAAGUUACGUGCGCACUAUCGGAGUGCCUAUAAAAAACGUGGUCAUUUUUAUGGCUACUAAGGUUGGUGAUGGCAUUGAGGCAUGGAUAACCUUGACUUCGCGUGACAUGGUCCAUUUUGAGAAAAAUCCAGAACUUCUCCAGUUUGUCUCGUUUGAUUCUUAAUGAGAAACAAGAUGAACAAUGGACAAAGCUUCAGCAAGUGAAGAUUCUGCCGCGUCAAGGAUGAAAACCAAAUAUCAUUGAUAUAUGAAUGCAAUGUUGUUAUCUUUUGUUUUCUAACUGUAUUUUAUAUUUUGUUACGUGACUCAAUGUUUAUUGGACUUUGUAUUUAAAUUUAAUAUUUU